AGUAAGUGACUGAUAGUAUUCUAGACUGGACUGGUCCCUGAGUACAGAGACUGAGUUGCAAUUAAGUGAAAAAUAGACUGCAAGAUCUUGAAGAACUGCAUUGAGGUGCAAGCCAGAAUUAACACUCAAGUGUUGUUGAACUGAGAAGUUGCUAAAGGAAGCUUGUAACAGGACUGGUUGUUGCUUACUGCCUUUCUCUCUCUCUCUCUCUCUCUCUCUGUCAUUGUUGCCUUUUGCUGUUACAUUGCUUGUGUUGUCUUUCUCAGCCCAAAUGUUCUCCGAUAAUUCACACUGCCCUGAUUGUGGGCAGCAGUGGUUCCCUAGUUUAGAACUAGGGCAUUGGUUAUACCAAACUGAACUUGUUGAAAAUGAAUGUUACCAAGUGUUCUUAGACCGUAUUAACAGGGCUGAUUAUUGCCCUGAAUGUUAUCCUGACAAUCCUGCUAAUAGAAGCCUUGUUCUGCCUUGGUCUUUCCCACUUGAGUGGGCACCUCAAAAUCUCACCAGGUGGACCUUUGAGAAAGCUUGUCAUCCAUUUCUUCUGGGUCCUCCACUGGUUAGAAAAAGGAUACAUGAUUCCAGAGUGGCUGGUUUUAAUCCUGCAUUACAAUUAAUCUUGACCAGAACAGAUAAAACCUUAAACAAAAAACUUGGCCAAAGCAAAUGACUUCUGUAACAGAAUCAUGAAGACUCUCCAGGGCUUUGUGUUCAUAGCCUAGGGGAGAUGAAUAGUAACUUGUUUCUGUUUUCUUUCUCUUUUUCUUUCCUUUUUUUUUUUUUUUUUUUUUUUUUUUUUUUUUUUUUUAGGUGCUAGGGAUUGAGUCUGGGUUACCCUGUGCACGCCAGGCAAGUGCUCUUCCACUGAGUGUGACCCGAGGCCCUCCUUUCUAAGUCUGACUCGACUUUACUUUGCCAACUGCUUGAUUUGUUGGGUCUGCUUCUGUGAUCUAUGCAUUUUAUUAUUACUAUUUUUUUUUUUUUAGCAUAAAGCUAGCCAGUAUUACAGACUAUUUACCUAGAACCAGACUAACCUAUAGUCCAUACAAAUGCUUUAGAACUAGAUUGCCCCUCCUAAGUAUUGAUAAUGUGGUCUGGAGGGAGGCCCCAUUAACUUUUUCUAACAGUAAGUUUUAUGAGAACAUGUUCUUGUAACUGGAUUCUAGAAUAUUAUAGUAAAUUUUAAUACACUACAUUGUUCUAAAUUUUUCCUUACAUACUGAUCAAUAGUGAAAUGUGUAUGUAUAUACAAAAUUUUUUCACAUAUAUGUAUAUAUAAAACCAUCUUUGACACUUUUAUGCUCAGCUACAGUGUUGAUAACUGGUCCUUUCACAUUCUAUUUGUCAAUACCUACAUAGGUUACAAAAAAAAGGGUUGAGAAUGCUGCCAGUUUACACUUGUCUCUCCAUAACCAAAGAAUGUUCUGUCUUGUGACUGAAUUUAAUGUCCUCCCAUGGAAAUGGAAAAAUAACCUGUGCUAUAAAAUUUAUAACAAAUGAUAGCACUUGACUCCAUACAAUUUAAAGCUAGUCUAGUGGAUGCUUUGUCUUAAACAUAAGAAUGUGUUGCUCAGCAUUGGCCACAUUCUGGGGUUCUCCUGUUCAUGGAAAUCAUGGAAUCAGAUUUGGAGUUAACUUAGAAAAUGCUCCUGCGAAUAUCUGAGAAGCCAUUGAACAAUUCUUAAAUCCCACUUGAGAUUCUAGGUGAUCCAGUGCUUAUGUAGCCGAGGGAAUGUUGUCAAAGACCCAGGUUCUCCCCACCCCUUCCGGGGUUCUUAUGGUUGCCUUUUGUUCUCAUAGUUGUUUCUUAAAUGAGUUCAAUAUGGUUUGUUGUGCCAGACAGCAGGGGGCACAUGGCUUUUUUUUUUUUUUUUUAACAAGCUUAAUUUGGAAAUAAAAUCUUUCUGAACUGUCUCGGCAGAUUUUUUUUUUUUUUUUAAUACAAAAUAUCUCAUUAGCAGGUACUUGUUCACACACUAGUCUGAGAUAAACUUGGCAAAGGAGAAGAUUGGCCCUGCCCAGAUACGGCACGCUGCCUCCGCUGAUAAAACUGUUCUUUUAAGGAUGGAAGUGGAAGAAUGAAUAGCUGUUGAUAUGCAACAAAUCUUGUUUUCCACAUGUUGUAAAACCUGGUUUAUGUUUGUUUCUAUAAAGACUGUAUUUUAGUGAGCCAUUCCUGUGUCUGCCUAUGUCCAUCUUGGUGGAGGUUCUCUCCUGAUACAUUGCUGAAUAAAACUGUGUGGACUGCUAA